CAAUUUAAGAGCCACAGGUUAUCAAAGUAGUAGCGUAGGAUUGUACGUGUAUAUAAGUAAAGAGGUUAUGUGUUCAGUAAUUUCUCUGAAGGUUCUUCUCAUUCUAAACAUGGCUCCUAGAGGUAUGAUCACCACCACCACCGUUCUCCUCUGCUUUGUACUGGGCCUGCUCAAUCCAGCCCCGGCUGCCUCCCGUUCUCAUACGAGCAGAAGUUGUUGUACAAAAUACUUCAGGAAGCCAGUGCCCAUCAAUCGUAUAACAGGCUACAUGGAACAACAUAGGGAGGAAAACUGUCGCAUCGAAGCCAUCAUUUUCUACACAGUUAUGAAGAAAGAAAUAUGUGCGACUCGAGAGGAUGAGUGGGUGAGGAAAAUUCUGGCAUCACUCAGCACAAGACUGAAGAAGAUGUCAAAGGAUGGCAAGGAUGAAAAGGAAAAUGCGAUCAAGAAGAAUCGCAAAGAAGCUUUCCUCACCACCACGGAGAGCUUCCUGAACACAACUUAUAGUUUCUAUUAGCCCAAACUUUGAACAAAUGCAGCUAAAUAAUAUGAUUCACAAAGAAGGCAGCUUAAUGUGGUCCAAUUUUGUUGGACUAAGCAAAUAAAAGAAGACCUGAAAGUAUCGCACUGUCGCACUGAAAAAAACAGCUUUAGAUAGAUUUGCUUAAUCAUUCAGCAUCUGUGAAAAGUUUAUUUUUUCACAAUCAUAUUUUUAUCACUGCCUUAUUUGCUUAUUUACUUAAUUAAUCAUGAGUAUGUGCUAGAAUAUUCCUAUAGCCAUAAACAAAACUUAUUUACCCUAAAGCUUCAGAAAUCUUGCUGUUCAGGAAUAAACUAUUGACCAGAUGUUAAGUCAAAUAAAAGAAUGAGACUCCAAUUAUUAGAAAUGGAUUAAACUGCUUCUUUGCUUUGUAUGUCAUUUAUUUAUAUGACCUGCGCUUAUUGGACAUGUAAAGAUGCAACCAGUACAUGAGCUGGAAGGUGUCAUUCAGAUGAACCAUCCCAUCCCCCGAGCUCAUGUUAAAGCAUUGCAUGAGUGACAGGGAAGCAGACUCUUGUGCUAUUUCAGAUCAACACCCAAAGGGGCUGAUGCUCCACUCAGACAAGGUGACUCCCUCAAUAACACAUUUCACUACAAGACCUGCAAUAAUAACAAUCCUCCACUAGAUGGCAGAGUCAACCUAUAAAACGACUACUUCUGUCAGACAUACCAUGAAAUCUUGACCAUCACCCCAUCAAGUAUUUGUGAGCUCUAGUAUUAAACAAAAACACCAACAAAUUGCAUAGUGAAUAAUAACAUUUAUUGAAUUUGUUCAGCUCUAUAUAUAAAAAAAAACUGCACAGAAGGAAAAUAAAAAUAAAGAAAUUCAGAAAUAUAAAGACAAGACAAUAAAUACACUAAUAAAUAUUAAAUAUCACAGAUGAACAUCACAAAGCAUUUUAAAUAUAUUAUGUUAUUUCAAGACAAAUGGCAUUAGAUAUAAAUGAUGUUAUGCUGUGGUUUCAUGGGCUCAAGGUUGUAGCGGCCAUGGUGGUGUUCUUCUUUGCUCUGCGGGCUUGCCUGUUAAAACACACAAAAGUCAGCAUUUCAAAACAGAAAAUUGUCAAAAAUUUGUAUAUUCAGUCUCAGAGCAACCCAGUGUCAUGAAUUAGGUCUAAAGAAUGAAAGGCCAACUUACUCUAAUUCCCUGAUCCUGUCAAAGACCCAGUCCUGUUUCCAGUGGCUGCAAACAUCUCCUUCUGUGGUCUCAAAGCUAAACAGAAAAAAGAAAUACAUUCAGUCUCAAUUUCUGGUUCAUUUUCUUUUUCAUAUUAAAAAUUUUGGAUGAUCGCUGUUUGUAAUGGACGCUGGCUCUUACAUGACGGCACGGACACAUGGUGGGUUCCUCCUCUGGAUCCUAUAGCCAAUGAUGGGAGCAGUGAUGUUCUGCGAACUGACCUGAGUACAGCACUUGCUUAUCUUGAUUUCUGUUUAAGAAGAAUCAAAUAUGAUGUUCUGUUAUGAGUAAACAUCUUUCAUAUGUAAUUUAAAACAAAUUAAUAAAUGAGACAUGAAUUUUUACGUUUCUUAUCAAGCA